AUGUCCCUACUCUACUCGCAGGACAAUUGGAGAGAGGAGGCAGAAGACAGCGAGACGGCAGAAAUGCAGGCGUCGCCGUCCAAAGCGCGCGCCGCGGCGCUCGAGGCGCACUCGUGGUCGCUGGUCCUCUCGUGGCUGUCGGACCUGUACCAGCCGUGGCCGGUGCCGUCGGUCGAGCGCAACGCCGCCACCCUCAAGGCCCUGCAGGGUCUGAUGGCCGAGAACGUCGCGGCCGACCAGGUGCGCGCACUGGUGUCGGCGGCGCAGAGGGAAGAGGUGGCCGCUCACUCUCACGAUCCCGACCGAACCAACAGUCCCUUGGGGACCACGACGCAAUCGACGAAUGCAGAAGCACGGCUCCGAGCUCUGAAGUCCUCGCUCCCGCCAGCGUCGAGGCCGGCACUCGAUUCUCUCGCCGGGGCUGCCGUCCUGUUGGGCUAUCCACCACCACCACCAUCGACGGACUCGUCUUCCUUCGCACGAGGCCUUCAUUUCGAAAUCCUCGGCCUUGCGCGCCAGAUGUGCGAAUACGAGACCCAGCUAUCAUCCAUUGACGCGCUCAUUGCAGACCUUGACCGCCAGAUCGCCCAAGUCCAGCACACAAUCUCGGCCUUUCCACGCACCACCGCCGCCAACGUCCUCGAUCCCUCGUCCACUUUAUACACGGGCCCAGCUGUGCCAUCGGUUUCAGCGUCGUCAUCUCCUCCAUCGCCCGCAAUGACAACCACCACAACAGACGAGGAUUCUUUGACCUUGCACGCCCAAACGCUACAGCACCAACGCGAGACCAAACAAUUGGCCCUGAAGUGCGCCGAGUACAGAGACCGCAUUGGGGCAUUGGAGCGACGAGCUGCGGCGCGUACUGGCACCGGCAGCCGCGGCACCACGGCCGCCGAGCUCGCUGCAAAGCUCGCCGCAAAGCAGGACGCGAUCCGGCGCAAAACCGCAAAGAUCGACCUGCUCGAGGCCAAGGUCCGCUCCUUCCACGGCCUGCCGCCGGACUUGCACGCCUCGAGGGCCGAGGUCCAUAGGGCCCAGGCGGAGUUGGAUCGAUUGGGUCGGAAAAGGGAUGCCCUGUUCGAGCGCAUGGGGGCGUGA